AUCUGCCGUGCAUGAGAAAGUAGUCAAUGACCAUCGAGAAGGAGUUGCUGCCCUUACAAGCUCCGAGAGACCGCCAUGGUGGCUGUGUAUCAGAUUAGGCAUGUUGUCAUGCUCACCGUAUGUUUUGGGUUCGGCCGCUGCAAGUUGAACCAGGGCCCUUUCAAGGUCCACUGCCGAGGUGCCCGCAUGAUUCAAGGGCUAACUGCGUCUGAAAGAAAAUCAUCCAGAUCAGUCUAUCGGGGUACAUAAAAUAGAACAUGAUAAUAAUGAUAAAUGACAUAUUGGAAAAACGCACGGGCACUGCAGCCAACAGUCAACAACUCGUCCAGGAUCUUGUCAGUGACUGCCAAUUGUUGGAUGUAUGUCAUCUGUACCCAAGCUCGGAGGACAAGAAGCUGCAAUGCAAACCCCUCUUCUCUCUCUCUUCCUGUCUUUCCCACCUUCUGUCUUCCCCUCCUGAUGCUUUCGCUCACCGCUUACCACCGGUCCUGCCAAUCCUACUGUCGAGAUGAUGAUCCUGACCCUGAUCCUGAUUCUGACGAUGAAGGAUGUCGUGUCUGAUUGCUUACUUCCCGACUGGACUGCGCACCACUACCAUCGCACCUGCAGGGUCCCCCUCUAUCCUGAAGCGGAGAAUUCUACUCCCCAACGAUCCUCCCAGCUCACCGAUGCUGAUAGCCUAUCUGACCUACCUAAUCCGAGUGAGCUCCUGCCAACUCGUAGUCGGCUUUAGCUGUCUCACCAUCUUCCCGACCGGCCAAUAAUUCCCGAGAGGAUGCGGCGACCACCAUGCUUAUGCCAUGCCAUGCUACUCCGUAUGCCAGCUGGAGUUGACAGUCGUAGCACAUUGCUCACAUGAUUCGCCUGUAGCCCGUUAACUCCGUGGAGGCACGAGUUCCUCAUACACAUGAUCGUGUCUCGUUAGGCAUUGCUUUUUUUUCGUCUUUACUUCGGGGUUUUCCAAGCUUGAUUACAUUAUUAUUAAUAUUAAUAAUGCGUUUUCGCCUAUCCCCCGCUCUUUGAUCUCCGAACUGUCCGAAUGGAUAUCGUGAUGGACACGCUUUUGUUUCUUGAACUAGUGAGUGACCAUGUUCAUAUGUUCCGUUCGGGAUUACCUC